UGUGCACACAAAAAAUCUGAUUGCAAACAGUUCAUUCAAUUUAGGUAUACUUUUUCUGCACAGUAGUCUGAAACUUUGUUAGUCAUUGUUUAAAAGACAGCAAUGCAAUACAUUGAUAGCAUUUAACUGUAAAUGUGCAUGAUAAUUAGAGUAGCAAAAACAUAGACAAUGGAGAAUGACAAGCUCUGUGACCAAACAGAAGUUGAAUGGGAGGCGAUUCUCCAGCAAUUGCCUGAGUUGCCAGGAAUUUGCCUUGACGAUUUUCUGCUCCCUCUCUCAACUGACGGACAGCCCGCCGGUUUAUUAUCAUUGCCGUCUUUUGACGAAGAUGGAGAGGAUGGUGGGGGUUUUAUCGACAUAAACUCCUUCCUUGGAGAUUCCAGCGAGGAUAAAGAAAUCCAGCUGGGCGUCUACGUGGAUAGCGGUAUGAACGGAGGUCAGUUUCUGGCAUGGCAAGCAGCAGUGGAAAAACAAGAAGCAGCAAACGGCAAAAUGGGCGGCUUUACAAGGAAGCGCAAACGUUAAGGUGCCUUUACUGGGUUGUCUGGUCAUUUCUGUAUAGAGAAAUUAUCUAAACUAGCAGGCAAUCUCUUUAAUUACAGUUGGAAUCGACUAUAAAGCAGGUUAUAUUUAAAUAUUAGCAUGCAGAUUUGUGUUUG